AAGCCCGCACGAUCGCUAAACCUUUCUGGGCAGCACCGGCAGAAUAACAUGGGCGCAAGCGGGGAGUUAGGAAGAUACCGCGUUACUACUCGUAGGUCAGGCCAACCAAACCUCGCCAGGGAAUUCACAAGCCACUAGGUGCUGCAACUUGAAAGACCCACCAAAAAAAGAGAACCAUUUCACAGCAGCAGCGAAGCCAGGCUAGGUAAGCAACUAAUAGAGCAUGCCAGAGGUCAAACCCAAAAACAGGAGGAGCAAAUCAACAGGUUACAGAUCCUCUGUCGUUGUCUCUCCGUACACCUCAUUAUCAUCGUUUCCUAGGUACUUACUUCCCAUCUAAAACCCGCUCUUAAAAAUUAUCAACACAACCCCUUAUUUCCUUGUAUAUCUCCUUAGCUCUUCCUCUCCUAGGUCUCCCCUCCUGCUGCGAGAUUCUCUCCAGUUGCUCUAAAUAAAAUUAAAAACAAAGAAUGAAUAUAAAAUCAAACUGCUUCCCGUUGGACCUGCUUAUUGUUAAUAUAGCACUUGCUUGCAUCGAUGGUGCUCUUGCUUGUAUUGCAUUUUCUCAGCUAUUCACCAGUUUACAAGGAUCCAUCUGCGAAAUCAACAAACUGGAUGGACACGCCAGAAAGUACUCCAUCUCAUGGUCGCCUCUUGCAACUUGGCAAUGGAUUAAUACGUGGAACAACAAGAUUCAUAAAAAAAGUUACGUCAUCUACUUUAUAUCUACAGUUAUUGCUACUUGUUAUAGGUGGCCUUGCUGGUCUCAUGCAUGUGGUUUUAUCCUCAUGGCAUUUCCCAAAAUUCUGUUCCUUGCAGCGUUUCUGCUUCUUCUAUCUUUCUGGGUCGACCUUUGCCAUCAGGCAAAUGAAGAAGAUGAUGAUGAAGAAGAAAAUAGCUCUCAACAACCUUUGUUGGAAAGUUCAAAGAAUAAACCUGGUUCAACGAACACAGAUAAUUUCUGGAGUUGCUGCUCAUUCCGAGGCAUUCAUAUUGGUGGUCGUCAGAAAUUUGUUAUAACAGUUGUCGUGUUGAUCUUUUUAUUAAUGCUGUCGUUUGCUGUGAUAAUCUGGAUUGGAGUGGGAAAGAAUCCAAUUUGUUCUUCAGUAGCUGCCCGGGUCUAUGUAGAUUUUUUGGCUUCUGCAAUCCUCAUAUUGGGAGGGGCUUUAGGCUGCUAUGGUCUUCUCCUAUUUCUUAAAUUGAGGAAUGUAAGGUCUGAGACAGCUUCAUCUGAGAUGCGGAAGGUUGCUGGUCUGGCAGUUGUCUCUGUUGUAUGUUUUACAUCAAGCACUGCAGUGGCUCUUCUUACAGAUGUACCUCUUCUAUAUGAUUGGAGUAUGGGGAAUAUAAAUGAAGCAAAAACACUAGUUCUUCUAGUUUUUUACUAUUUUAUAGGUUCGUCGGUGCCCUCAGCCUUUGUAUUAUGGGCCAUGAGAGAAUUGCCAGCCCCAGUUACUAUUACACAAGCACAAUCAAGAGCAGUAACUAUUUUUUUUUAUGGGGCAGAUGGAACAGAAAAUCCUCGGCACUGGGUUGCUGCUACAACUUCAAAUAAUCAGGUGUCAAAAGCAAGUCCAAUAUAAGCAUCAUUAUCAUAUUCUGUGCUAAAGAAUGCGGAAAGUGUAAAAAGCUGUAUUUGUUACGAGUGGAAGUCCAAUUGUGCAAUAUGACGAGCCAGCAGCUUCCUUACUCUUCACGUUAAAUUACUUGCACUCUUGGUUGGGUAUCAAAUUUUGACAUCAAUGAUUGUACAUAACUUUUAAUAUAGCAAGCGAGACUGACGUUUUGGUUAACGAGAAUUUCCACUUUCUUACCACCUCCUUUGAAAACAAGCCAUAGAAGGUCUCUACGAAAAGAUUUUUGCUAAUAGCUCAGGUA